UAACUUUUGAGUUUCUUAAUUUUAUAAACUGUCGUCUUUGAGGUAUAAUUUUGCAUACCUCCAGUAUUUAUUAUCGAAUGCUGGAUAUGGAAGAAAGCUACAGAAAUAUGGAAACUCAAAGAAAGAUCGCUGAGCCUCUCUUGACGAUACCCAAACCAAAGACUCAGUUUCUACAGCAGCAGCCACAGCUGCAGACAAAGAUUUCCAAUGGUACUGGAAAGUCAAAGUAUACGGAGCUGCUGCAGGUUAUAGGAGAGGUGGGCCAACACAUUCGUCCAAGCUAUGCAGGUCAUCGAGGUUCUGCGGAGAAAAUUAGACAAGGCAUCAUAAAGGCUCGUGCUCUAGUCAGAGAAUGCUUGAUAGAGACUGAAAGAAGCUCUCGCCAGUGAAGCUAGUGUUCACUUUUUAAGCUUUUUGCGUAGUAUAUUUCAGAGUAUUUUUACUGAAAAUUGUAGAGAGAUGACUCAACUUUUCCUAAUCUAUUAAGAUUGAAAGUCAGCCAAAAACUACCUCUCUGAAUGCAAGAUAUUUGCAUCUAAGACUUGAAAAAAGGCAGAGUACAUUUUUAAAUUUAUAUUACAUAGUAUUUUUGAUGCAAUGAAUUUUUAAUGAUGGACCUGAUUAAUUUUAAGAUAUAAGUCUUACUGCCAGUCAGUAUGUGAUAAGUAUACUAAAGAAAAAUUGUCUUAUAUUGUCUAAAAAAGAGUAGAUUAUCAAAGUACAGGAAGAAAGUACAAAAGCAUUUAUUUUAUUAAAUGCGGAUCUACACUCUUAAAAAUAUUUUAUCCUCUUUGUGAGCACUAAUGCUGUUUUUUAAACAUUGAGUUUAUAGUUUCAAUAUUUACCCGCAUAAUAAUGCGUAUAUUAUGUACAAAAACUACCAAUUCUAUACAAGAUUGAUAGACCACUAUUGUGAUGAAAUGAUUGUUGUUUUAACUGUAAAAAUAUCUAACGCAAAGGCCAACUUUGUACAAUGACUAACAAUCCCCAUUGUGUUUACCGUUUCAAUGUAUUGAACAAUGUGAGGGAGCUGUACACACUCUUUUUGGAGUCAUUGACACUUUCUCUUACUAUAACAACAAAGAUUUGUAAUUACCAUAUACAUAUUAAUCUUAACAAUAAAUAUUGAUCUCAACAAUC